CGGGAAACGACCCGGCGAGCGCAGGGUCCGGCUGUACUCUCUUGGGUUGUGUGGCGCGUUUCGGAAAUGGCGGUGCAGCCUAAGGAGACGCUGCAGUUGGAGGGCGCGGCCGAGGUGGGCUUCGUACGCUUCUUUGAGGGCAUGCCGGAGAAGCCGAGCACCACGGUGCGCCUCUUCGACCGCGGCGACUUUUACACCGCGCACGGCGAGGACGCGCUGCUGGCGGCCCGCGAGGUGUUCAAGACCCAAGGCGUGAUCAAGUACAUGGGGCCGGCAGGGGCAAAGACCCUGCAGACUGUUGUGCUGAGUAAGAUGAAUUUUGAGUCUUUCGUGAAAGAUCUUCUUCUGGUUCGUCACUAUAGAGUUGAAGUUUAUAAGAAUAAAGCUGGAAAUAAGGCAUCUAAGGAGAACGACUGGUAUUUGGCAUAUAAGGCUUCUCCUGGCAAUCUUUCUCAGUUUGAAGACAUCCUGUUUGGUAACAAUGACAUGUCCACUUCCAUUGGCAUUAUGGGUAUUAAACUGUCUACGGUUGAUGGUCAGAGACAGGUUGGAGUUGGGUAUGUGGAUUCCACCCAGAGAAAGCUAGGAUUGUGUGAGUUCCCUGACAACGAUCAGUUCUCCAAUCUCGAGGCUCUUCUGAUUCAGAUUGGACCAAAGGAAUGCAUUUUACCAGGCGGAGAGACUGCUGGAGACAUGGGGAAACUGAGGCAGGUUAUACAGAGAGGAGGGAUUCUGAUCACAGAAAGAAAGAGAAUCGACUUUUCCACAAAAGACAUCUACCAGGAUCUCAACCGGUUACUGAAAGGCAGAAAAGGAGAGCAGAUGAACAGCGCUGUCUUACCAGAGAUGGAGAAUCAGGUUGCAGUUUCAUCGUUGUCUGCAGUGAUCAAGUUCCUAGAACUCUUAUCAGAUGAUUCGAAUUUUGGGCAGUUUGAACUGGCGACUUUUGACUUCAGCCAGUACAUGAAGUUAGACAUGGCGGCAGUUAGAGCCCUCAACCUUUUCCAGGGUUCUGUUGAAGACACCACAGGCUCUCAGUCUCUGGCUGCAUUAUUGAAUAAAUGCAAAACUGCUCAAGGACAAAGGCUGGUUAGCCAGUGGAUCAAACAGCCGCUCAUGGAUAAAAACAGGAUUGAAGAGAGAUUAAAUUUAGUGGAAGCUUUUGUUGAAGAUUCAGAAUUGAGGCAGAGUCUACAGGAGGAUUUACUUCGCCGAUUUCCAGAUCUUAACCGGCUUGCCAAGAAAUUUCAGAGACAAGCAGCGAAUUUACAAGAUUGUUACCGACUGUAUCAGGGUGUGAACCAGCUUCCCAACGUCAUCCAGGCUCUGGAGAAAUACCAAGGAAGACACCAGGCAUUGUUGUUGGCAGUUUUUGUGACUCCUCUUACUGAUCUUCGUUCUGAUUUUUCAAAAUUUCAAGAAAUGAUAGAAACGACUUUAGAUAUGGAUCAGGUGGAGAACCACGAAUUCCUUGUAAAACCUUCAUUUGAUCCUAACCUGAGUGAGCUAAGAGAAGUCAUGGAUGGUCUGGAGAAGAAGAUGCAGUCCACCUUAAUAAGUGCAGCGCGGGGUCUUGGAUUGGACCCUGGCAAACAGAUUAAAUUGGACUCCAGUGCACAGUUUGGGUAUUACUUUCGUGUAACCUGCAAGGAAGAGAAAGUCCUCCGCAACAACAAGAACUUCAGCACCGUGGAUAUCCAGAAGAAUGGCGUUAAAUUCACCAACAGUGAAUUGUCUUCUUUAAAUGAAGAAUACACUAAGAACAAAGGAGAGUAUGAGGAGGCCCAGGAUGCCAUUGUUAAAGAAAUCGUCAAUAUUUCCUCAGGCUACGUGGAGCCAAUGCAGACGCUCAAUGACGUGCUAGCUCACUUAGAUGCCGUCGUUAGUUUUGCUCAUGUGUCAAACGCAGCUCCUGUCCCCUACGUGCGACCGGUCAUCUUGGAGAAAGGAAAAGGAAGAAUUAUAUUGAAAGCCUCCAGGCAUGCUUGUGUUGAAGUUCAAGAUGACGUUGCAUUUAUUCCAAACGAUGUGCACUUUGAAAAAGAUAAACAGAUGUUCCACAUCAUUACUGGUCCCAAUAUGGGAGGAAAGUCAACAUACAUCCGUCAGACGGGGGUGAUUGUGCUCAUGGCCCAAAUUGGGUGUUUUGUGCCGUGUGAGUCAGCAGAGGUGUCCAUUGUGGAUUGCAUCUUGGCUCGAGUCGGGGCUGGUGACAGUCAACUGAAAGGCGUCUCCACAUUCAUGGCUGAAAUGCUGGAAACUGCUUCUAUCCUCAGGUCGGCAACCAAAGAUUCCUUAAUAAUCAUUGAUGAGCUGGGAAGAGGAACCUCUACAUACGACGGCUUUGGGUUAGCAUGGGCCAUAUCGGAGUACAUCGCAACGAAGAUUGGUGCCUUUUGCAUGUUUGCCACCCAUUUUCAUGAACUUACCGCUUUGGCCAGUCAGAUACCAACCGUUAACAAUCUCCACGUCACAGCGCUGACUACCGAAGAGACCCUGACUAUGCUUUACCAAGUGAAAACAGGUGUCUGUGAUCAGAGUUUCGGGAUUCAUGUGGCUGAACUCGCUAAUUUCCCUAGGCAUGUGAUAGAGUGCGCCAAGCAGAAGGCUCUGGAGCUUGAGGAGUUUCAGAGCAUUGGGACCUCACAGGGACACGAUGAAACCCAGCCAGCUGCAAAGAGGCGCUGCCUGGAAAGAGAGCAAGGUGAGAAGAUUAUUCUGGAGUUCCUGUCCAAGGUCAAGCAAGUGCCCUUCACUGACUUGUCGGAGGAGAGCGUCUCAGUGAAGCUGAAGCAACUGAAAGCUGAGGUGCUGGCGAAGAACAACAGCUUUGUAAAUGAAAUCAUCUCACGGGUAAAGGCUCCGUGAGAGGACAGUGGAGCGAAGCCAGUAGGGAGAGCUCGCCCUUACCCUGCUGUUUCCUGUAGUACUUAACACCAGAACCCGGGGAGCAGUGUGCUGAAGUAUUUAGUGAUACUUGAAACAUGACGGUCUAUAGCUGAGUACCGUUUAAAUGGGCAUGGACAACUUUGAGCACUAUGCUGAAUUUUAUAAAUAAAAUCAUGUAGUUUCUA